AUACAUUCCGAACUAUGGAUAAGAUCACAACCCCCCUUAGGUCAGAGGGCAGGUUUUGGUAAGGUUAGUAGUCAAGGCAGUGAUGUUAAAGCGAAAAUCCCUAGAGGGUUUUGUUUUGCUUACCAUAGAGGCCAGUUUUGUUCGGGUUGUUCUUUUAAGCAUGUAUGUCCAUCCUGUCAAGGUAAUCAUCCUCUCACAAAGUGUAAUUUUCGUGGCAGUAAGGACAAACAGCCUUCCACUGCCUCUUCCAGUGGUGUCACUGCCAACUCCAGUAAAGCUAGACAAUCUUAAGACUGAUAUAAAGCAUGCCUUUUGCAUCAUUCCAAUACACCCUGAGGAUUACCAUUUGUUAGGAAUGCAGUGGAAAGGGUCCUAUUACUAUGAUAAGUGCAUGCCAAUGGGCUGUGCCAGUUCAUGCAAAACUUUUGAGGCUUUUAGCUCUGCUUUGGAGUGGAUUGCCAAACAUCACCUUGAGAUCCGGCAUAUUGUUCACCUGCUGGAUGAUUUUUUCAUUUGUGAGUCAUCCAAAGUUAGAUGUGGGUUUAGCCUCAAAGGUUUUCUUGCACUUUGUGAUUAUGUGGGCAUUCCCAUGGCACCAGAGAAAACCGUUGGGCCGUCAACAGUUUUGUCCUUUGCCGGCAUUGAACUUGAUACUGUUGCAUCAGAAGCUCGUUUACCUCUGGACAAAGUCCAUGACUGUUCCAACCUCAUUUUUGAGUUUCUUCAUAAGAAAAAGACUACCUUGCAUGACCUUCAGUCCCUGAUUGGUAAGUUGAACUUUGCCUGUAAAGUUGUGGUUCCUGGUCGGGCCUUCCUACGGCGGCUUAUUGAUCUCACAGUUGGUGUAAACCACCCUAAGCAUCUCAUUCGGCUUUCUAGAGGGGUGAAGACGUACUUGGAAGUCUGGUACCAAUUUUUACAGCAUUACAACGGUAGUUCAAUUUUCCUUGAGGAAGUGUGGGAGGACAGUUUUUCCUUACAGCUUCACACUGACUCAUCUGGGGCUUUGGGUUUUGGGGCCAUUUUCGGUCGACAUUGGUGUUAUGGGCAAUGACCCAGGGAGUGGCAGUAUAAAAACAUAGCUACAUUGGAAUUUUAUCCAAUAGUCCUUAGCCUUCUCUUGUGGGGUAAAGCUAUGCGCAACAAGCGUAUCACAAUUUUCACAGAUAAUGCUGCUUUAGUUUAUGUCAUUAAUAAGUGCACCUGCAAGGAUAAA